CACCGGAGCCAGAAGACUUGGGAUUAUAACAUACAACAGAAAAUUAAGCAACACCUAACUUAUAAAAUGAGCACUGCAAUUAGAGUUGCUGUUAUGGUAGGCAUGGUGUUAUGCCUUGCCUCCAUUGCAAAUGCUGCACAAGGCCGUGCCGUUUGGUAUAAGCCUCCUUAUACUCCUUCAAAAUGCUAUGGAAAUCAAAAUAAUGGGCUAAAGGUUGCUGGCGUAAGCGAUGCCCUGUGGAAUAAUGGAGCAGCAUGUGGAAGAAAGUACAGAGUGAGAUGCAUCGGAGGUGCAAACGAAGCACCACAUCCUUGCAAAGGAGGCAGUGUUGAUGUGACGAUCGUGGAUUAUUGUAGUAGAGGCUGCCAGGGAGACAUUAAUCUCUCACAAUAUGCCUUCUCCCAAAUUGCUGAUACUGAUGCUGGCAUAGUCAGAGUUCAAUAUGACCAGAUUUGAAGCUUUCAUGGGGAGGAGAGUUUUUCAAGGCCAAGUUAUGUUUUAAGUACUAUAAAAUAAGCCGCAUAAUCAUUGAUCAAGGAGGUUGGCUACAUCUGCUUCAAGAAUGUAACAUUAGCUACUGUCAAGUCUUACAUAAGACUAUGGGAAUACCAACAAAAAUAAAUAUUAAAAAAAAACUCAUGUGAGAAUAAUAAAUUUUAAGGGAUAACAUGAGGCUAUUUGAAAUA